UUCCUCGCCUGCGCACCCUCACUACCCUGCGAGAAAAGCCCCCAUGUCGGGUCGCCAUGGCCAUUCACCAUCCAUAAACAACACAGCUUCAGCUUAUUCUUGACCUGCGAUUCGGCACGACCCAAAACUAUGCUUGGUUCCUGCUGCUACGUCUUUUGUUUAUCUCUCAGUCUUCACCCGUGCAACCGGCCGUCACCACUCGCUGCGAUACCGACGCUCGUCCUGCCUCCCCUUUCCCUGUCCUUCUCCCUCUCUGCGCCCGAGGCCACCAUAUCUUGAAUAAUCGCCACGGUCGAUACUGGCUAUCGGCGUCGCCUACAUCUGACAAGAUCGGGUUGUCUCGUCUCCUGCUGGACUCCCUCAUUCCUGUCACCGCAAGGUUAUUCCCCCACAAGUUCCGGCGAGUCUGCAGAUCUUGCCGAAUAUCUUCCUCAAGUUCUUCCUUCAAUGGACACUGCAACAUCCAACGUGGCUUAAAUCGCCGCUCAACCCUGCGAAACUUCGAGACAAGAGCAAUCAGCGGACCUGAUCAUUUCCGUCCGCCCUGGCGUUUGCCUCGACCCCGAUUCCACUUGCCCCGGAUAGCCUCCUCUGCCCGCCAUGGCGACCGUCAACGUCGGGGACACGGUCAUGGUCCCCGGUGACAUGCACGGCAUCGUCAAAUUCAUCGGCCCGGUCACGGGGAAAAAGGGAAUAUUUGCGGGCGUACAACUCGCGACAGAGUAUGCGCCUCGCGGCAAGAAUUCUGGCGAGGUGGAUGGAAAAUACUACUUCAGAACCACAAUCCCAGGCUCGGGCAUAUUUCUGCCUUUGGAGAAGGCCGUCAAGAAACCGGGCAGUGCUGGCAGUGCAGGACCAGGACUGGGUCUCAGUGGUGUAAGAGCGAGUCCUGGUCCCGGCACACCCACCAACAGACUUGCCAGCUUUAAUCAGGGCGGGAGAACGCCUGGUGUGACGACAGGUAUUGCAAAACCCUCCUUCAGUCAAUCGAUGGGUCCUGGCGCAAUGAGACCAUCGGGCGCCGCCAGCCCGGCGCUCAAACCACCUUUGAGAAGGGAAUCCCUUCCUCGGCCCUCGAGUCCGUUGCGAAAAGUCAAUACCCCUACGCCCAGAACGCUGGCCACGCCGAAGACGCGGCCCAGCGGUAUUGGUCUCGCAAAGAGCACAAACGGAGGAGGGCCAGGCGGGCCUUAUGCCAAACCAGGCCAGCAACGCGGCGUCAACAACUUUAGCCAGAGUUUGAGACAGGGCAGCUCGACUGCAUCCGCAAGCCCGUCAUUAGGCCCUGAAUCAAGUUUUGAUGAAAUCCCUGAGCAGGAGGCGGAAUCCACGCCGACGCCGACGCCCAAUUUCAGCAGAAAGACAACCGAAACUAACGUGGAAAAGUAUGAGACGAAAAUCCGCGAACUGAAUGAAGAACUAGAGAACGCGAAACGCCAAUUAAAUGAACAAGGCACAAGUUUUGCCGAGAUGGAACGCAAUUUCAACGAGAUACAAAAACUGCUACCUGGACUGGAAGAAGACCAGCAGGCCGAUAAAAGAAGCCGAGAGGACGGUGACGACGACCUCCCUCGUGAUGUCGUUUCCCUGAGGGAAGCCCUGCGGGAGAAGAAUGACAGGAUCAAAAUGCUCACGGCGGAAUUUGACGCCAACCGUGCGGAUUUCCGCUCUACGAUCGAUACGUUGGAGAUGGCGAGCACCGAAACCGAACGUGUCUACGAGAAGAGAGUAGAUGAAUUGUUGGAGGAAGUGAGAAAUCUCCAGGAUCGAAGUGAGGACGUCGAGACCGUCGCACAGCAACUUAAGCAGUUGGAAGAACUUGUGCAAGAGCUUGAAGAAGGGCUCGAGGAUGCUCGACGAGGCGAGGCUGAGGCGCGGGGAGAGGUUGAAUUUUUGAGAGGCGAGGUCGAGAGAUCGAGAAGCGAGUUAAGGAGGGAGAAGGAGAGAAUGAAGACCGAAGAGCAGUUGAAUGGUGGUGGCGGCUACUCGUCUUCCUCCAAAGUGCAAGAACUCGAAGCACAGUUAACCGCAAAGGAUGAUGAGAUAAGGGGAUUGAAGGCCAUCAUCCAAAAUCUGAACGCCAACAGCCCCAAGAGACCCAACGGCAUCACGAUCGCGAACGGACAUCAACGGAAAGACUCGUCGCCUGUUGGCGAUGGUGGAGAGGAUGCCCUCCAGCAACAAAUCCGCGAUCUUGAAGUUCUCUUGCAGCAAAAGAGUGCUCAUGAAGAAGAACUUGUGCAGGAAGUCAGACAGUUGCGGAACAGCGUCACACUUUCAAAGUUUCCCAUGCCUAUGGGCGGGGCUGCAUUUGGCAUCCACACGGGUAUGCGUACAGGGCACUCGAGAGGAAACAGCGAGGAACUGGACCGCAAGCAUCUCAGUACCGGUACUAUAGGAAGUCAGCGGACGGUUGUGCUCGGGCCGGUGAAGCGAAACGGAGCAAGUGGGCAUGAGCGUCACGACAGUCAGACUACGGGUCAGGAAGCCUGGCAUGAUGCUUCCUCCGGGGGAGCAUCGCCGGUAAGGACACGUCACGAUUAUGACGCUGGCAUCCGGGAACGCGAAAGGUCCGAUGAUGGGGUCACAGAUGUCUCUACUUCUGAAAGCGCCGUGUUAUGGUGCGAGAUCUGCGAAGAAGGCGGGCAUGAUAUUCUGACCUGUGGUAACAUGUUUGGCCCGGGCAAGAAGAUUACAACAGACGUCGAACCGUCUGGUAUGGAUGACCACGGUGUGCCUGAGGGGAAUCGGCGAGACGUUGAAGGCGACGUCGACAAUGGUGAACAGAUGCUGGCAGUGAUGGCAGGACCACGGGAUCCAGAUCGACCUGCUCCCCUUAUGAGUCGGAAAUCGACGAACAACACCAUAACCUCGCCGUCUGACGUGCAUCCCAACCCGCCCCCUACAGAAGACCUGCCCUCUCCGCCGAUUGCGCUGCUAGAAGCAGCCGAAUCACCCACCGCGAAGAUGUCGAAUCCUCCCAUGCCCACGACCUCUACGCCCACGACGGCUUCAGCUCCCGCUCCAGCGAAACUCAUCGAAGGCACAGGUGCACAGGCGGGCAUGUUGGCAGGGCGGACGACGGGAGUCAUAGACCCGGAGAAGUGGUGUGCGCUAUGUGAGCGCGACGGGCACGAGAGCGUCGACUGUCCAGUUGAAGAGGCUUUCUAGAGGGGAGAUCUCUUUUGAAAAUCGAGAUGUGGAUACGAAAAAUUAAUAAUCGGUGGUCUGGUCGACGGGCGAGGCUAGAGCUUGUCCAGUUACACACCCGUCCCCUUGACGAGAGAGGGUCGCUGUCGAUAUGCGUCUCUCGUGAUGAAGGACCUUGGGGAGAACUACGAUAUUGCAGGUCAUGCGGCUGCCGUUGGGAGUUUGUUGGGAUGGCUGGGAAAAGAAAAGAGACCAAGCAGGACGAACGUCUUCUGGGUCGAUGUGGUUGUACUAUGUAGAAUUGGUAGUGUAGAUAAUCCUGUUUCUCCUCUUUGCUGCUUUGCUUGAUGAGCUGUAUGUAUAAAUUUAUUGGAUUGUUGUUUUGGAACAGUUCAACCUUGGCUGAUGUGACUGAUCUGGUGUCAGACAUAUAAUAUAAUGGAU